AUGACUGGAGGCGGCAAGUCCGGCGGCAAGGCCAGCGGUUCCAAGAACGCGCAAUCUCGAUCCUCCAAGGCCGGUCUCGCAUUCCCUGUUGGUCGUGUUCACCGUCUGCUCCGCAAGGGCAACUACGCCCAGCGCGUUGGUGCUGGUGCUCCCGUCUACCUGGCUGCAGUCCUCGAGUACCUCGCCGCCGAGAUUCUUGAGCUUGCUGGCAACGCCGCUCGUGACAACAAGAAGACCCGCAUCAUUCCCCGUCAUCUUCAACUUGCCAUCCGCAACGAUGAGGAGUUGAACAAGCUCCUUGGCCACGUCACCAUUGCACAGGGUGGUGUUCUGCCCAACAUUCACCAGAACCUGCUGCCCAAGAAGACCGGCAAGACUGGUAAGAACCAGAGCCAAGAGCUGUAA